GAGGAGUGGGCACGAACAGGACCAUUUCUUGUUGGUUUUUUGGAGGAAACACUGACAGUAUCACUCAGUAUAGUGCAACACGAUGAUAUUGACAUUGCUCAUAUUCUUAAAUCUUAGAAAUAGCUGCCAUUUUUUGUAUUUGUAGGCCAAAAUGAACAUGGCAUGUGACAGCUUUUGUAUUCACCUAUGAUCAGGUCAGAUACCUGGCGUCUGUAUGCCGAAUAAUUCAAAGACCACUUCGACUGUCAAUCAGACGACGGAAGGCACAUUAUACUUGCCCGUGCUCAAAUCUUGGAGUCCGUUAACUUUAGGAGCAUCAUUAACAUCAUUAGCACUGAACCUGAUCAUAGCUAGAAGAUGAUGUAAAUCCACUGCGACGGAACAGAUUCAGCACAUGUUUCUAGCCAAGCAGGCGCGCUGUCAAGGAGAAGGGGCGGUCUUUCCAGGCUACAGUAGCUUUUCUCUCUGUCUUUCCCGUAUCCCAGAUAGACGCAACAUGAACUGCACAGUAGGAGCUUCUGCAGUGCCAUUGGAGAAAUAACCUUCUCAUUGGUUCCUGGCUGGUUCCCCUCCCUCCACAUGGCACCGAUGAUUGGUCUUUGAAAGGAAGCCACUCCCACGGGGAUUAUAAGAUAUCUCCGGUCGUCUGGGAGACAGCCUGCCCAGUCUGUCAGAUCAAGACUUGAGAAUAGCGAGCCGCACCUGCCCAGAGCGUGGAGGCGCGGCGGGUUUUUGGCGGGCGAGCACUGGCGGAGCGUUGCCCCGAUCGUAGCGGUCGCCCCCUCGCCGCGGCGGCAGCGGCAGCGGCAGCAGCGCCGCCAUGGCGGACGUGGUGCAGAUGCACUUCACCACGGUGGACUACGUGAUCUUCGUCAUCCUGCUGGUGGCCUCGACGGGCAUCGGGCUGUUCUACGCCUUCUCCGGCGGGCGCCAGCGCACCACGCGCGAGUUCCUGCUGGCCGACCGGAGCAUGAGCUGCCUGCCCGUCUCCCUCUCGCUGCUCGCCACCUUCCAGUCGGCCGUGGCCAUCCUGGGGGCGCCCUCGGAGAUCUACGCCCACGGGACGCAGUACUGGUUCCUGGGCUGCUCCUACUUCCUGGGGCUGCUCAUCCCCGCGCACAUCUUCAUUCCUGUUUUCUACCGGCUACAGCUGUCCAGCGCCUACCAGUAUCUGGAGCUGCGCUUCAACAAGACCGUCCGCGUCUGCGGGACCGUGACCUUCAUCUUUCAGAUGGUGAUCUACAUGGGCGUGGUCCUGUACGCUCCCGCCCUGGCCCUCAAUGCAGUUACAGGAUUUGACCUCUGGGGGGCCGUGCUGGCCAUGGGACUUGUGUGUACCCUCUAUACAACACUGGGGGGGCUGAAGGCCGUGAUCUGGACGGACGUCUUCCAGACGAUAGUGAUGUUCGCGGGACAGCUGGCUGUCAUCGUGGUGGGGACGCACCAGGCGGGGGGCAUCAGCGAGGUGUGGAGGAAGGCCCAGAACGGGAGCCGAAUCGCGGGCUUGGACCUGAACCCUGACCCGCUGGAGAGGCACACCUUCUGGACGCUGGGCGUUGGGGGGGUGUUCCUGAUGCUGGCCCUGUACGGGGUCAACCAGGCGCAGGUGCAGAGAUACCUGAGCUCCCGAACGGAGAGGGAGGCCGUCAUGUCCUGCUACGUGGUGUUCCCCUGCCAGCAGAUCGUCCUCACCCUGGGGUGCCUGAUGGGGCUGGUGAUGUACGCGCGCUACGGCGAGGACAGUCCGCUGGACAAGGGCUACGUGACGGCCAACGACCAGAUGGUGCUGUAUUUCGUGAUGGACGUCCUGCGGGACCUUCCCGGUCUGCCGGGGCUGUUCGUGGCGUGCCUGUUCAGCGGCGCUCUCAGCACCAUCUCCUCGGCCUUCAACUCCCUGGCGACGGUAACCAUGGAGGACCUGAUUAAGCCCUACUUUCCUGCGAUGACGGAGGCCAGGGCCACGCUCCUGUCUAAGGGCCUCGCGUUGGCCUAUGGCCUUGUGUGUCUGGCUAUGGCGUACCUUGCGUCUCUGAUGGGGUCAGUGCUGCAGGCGGCACUCAGCAUUUUCGGGAUGGUGGGCGGUCCGCUUCUCGGCCUGUUCUGUCUCGGAAUGUUCUUUCCGUGGGCCAACUCCAUCGGUGCUCUGGUGGGAUUGGCUGCCGGUCUGGUCAUGGCCUUCUGGAUCGGCAUCGGGAGCUUCCUCACGCGCGUCGGCCCCCCCGCCCCGCGGCCCCCCUCGUUCAACGUAACCACGGGCAACAUGACCACCGAGGUCAUGACGACUCUCGUCAGUGCCGUCACCACCGGCAGGCCCAGGCCUACGGGGCUGCAGGCUCUCUACUCGCUGUCCUACAUGUGGUACAGCGCUCACAACUCCACCACCGUGGUGGUGGUGGGACUGAUCGUAAGCUUCCUGACAGGUCCAAUGAAGGAGAAGGAUGUGACUCCGGGCACCGUGUACCCUGUGCUGGGGAAGCUGCUGUUCUUCCUGCCCGAGCGCUACAGGGAGAAGCUGUGCUGCGUCACCCCUCUGGGGCAGAAGGUCAAGACGCUGGACACGCAGCCGUAUAAGAUGGCGCAGAAGGAGAGCAACGGCUUGGCCCUCCCCAGAGAGGACAAGACUGAGGAUGAGCAGGAGCUGGAGGAGGAAGGGGAGGUGACCCAGCCGCCGCCCUGUCGCUUAUCCCACAUGCUUCAGGAGACGGCGUUGUGAUAUCGCCACACACACACACACACACACAUGAACACACACACACACAUCAUACACACACGCAUAUUCUCGGACUGAACCCGUCCGUUCCCCUCCAGGUGGUACUAAACCACAGACGGACACGUUUCCCUCACAGCAAAAAAGCCUGAGGCCUUUUGCUCUGACCACUUCGUCCAGAGUCUGUGUGCAUGUGCGCUGCCUGUGCACGGUGUGCUCGUGCAUGACGAGUGGGGGUCAUAUGUGACCCCCCCCCCCCCCCCUCCCCGUUUCCCCUCAAACCCACUCACAGCACUGGUCUGCGGUUUUGUGGCCGUUUGCACUGAAAGAAGUCGCACAAAAUCUCGCAGUUCAUCCGGUGUGUGGUGAAGGAGGUGUGAGCUGCCAAAAAAAUAAAAACUCUAGCAGUAGAGGUGGAACUUUGGUACGAUAAACUUUACUGUAGAAGAAGCCAUCAUGUUUAGAGCCAAGGGCCUGCCGCCGGACAGAUUUAGGACCCUGGACUUAAUUAACUGAGCGCUUGUAGUCCUUUUGUUUGUUGCUCGGUGUCUUUGAACUUUCAUCUGUCACUCUGACAAUGGCGGCCAUUUUGAUUUGUUAGACGCACAACUCAGUGUUGGAUCUCCACUGUGAUCGAGUUCACAAGUUCCGUUUUUAUAUGUUGCAGCCAAGGGGCGAUUCGGACCUUCGAUGUAAUUGUGUCUUUGUAUUCUUUUUUUUUUUUCUUUGUAGAGAAGAAAGUGAAAUGCGGUACACAGUUGUAGCAAAAUGAUAAUCUGAAGACUGAGGUUCUGUGUGUUCUCUAGGAAACGUGGUUGAAUGCACUGAGCGUCAGUUCAGUUAACAAUGGUACGGUUGGUGUUUUGAUUCCAAAGAAUGUUCGUAUUCAUUUGCUUUACUUUAGACUGUGAUGUCAUUCUGUUCCAAGCUGCUAUGAGUCACCCCGAUGAUGUGUCAUACGCUGUGCCAUGAUGUACAAGAAAAAAACAAAAAAAACAACACUUUUCUGCCUGUCUGCCACAGAACACUGAUAAUGAUUGACAUUUCAGUCUAGUGUUCUAGUGAUGUGACAUACUUGUGAUUUCUGUAGUUACCCCGUACGGUCAGUCAGGGGUAUUAUUUUUCCGUUAUAAUGAGGGAAUGCCACUAAAUGUCCCCCGUGGGAUUGUGGGUGAGUUUUAACGGUUGUUCGUGAGUUUGUGGAUGAGCUUUGUUAAGGACCCUCUGCGAUGCAUCUCACCCCAUCGUGUCAGAAAGUGCCUCCUCUUCAUAAUCCUGAAUGUGUUUAUUUUCUCUCGAGCCUCUGGUUUCUGUUCUGGCAAGAAGGCGUUUCAGAAUUUCCAGAAUCUCCGUUUUUAUGUUCAGUGCUUGUCUGCUUUUUAGCAAUGGAGGGACAUAGAAGAUUCUUCUGUAUGUGGCAAAGAUUUAUGUCUUGUGUGGAUUGAGGGCCCUGUUUUUGUUCUCCUCUUUAUUUGAAAGUAUUUUAGUGUAGAAUGGCCUCUAGAGAUGAUGCCUUGUAAGAUUAUUUUUUUUAAACGAUAAUCUUAAUCUGAUAGUUUUAAUUCUUGCUCAUUUGUAAAAUAAAUAGACGAUGAACUAUUAAUAAUAUUCAUGUUAGUUUGACCAUAUUCCUUGUGAAUUUUGGCUGGACAGCUUAUUACAGACAGUGAGAGACAACCCACCGUAGAUUAACAGGAACCAACAAGCUGGUGAUGACCGUCCCCUUAAGUGCUACAGUGCAUUUCCUCUGAUCUGAUCAAGAGUUCGAAAAUUAGACCAGAUCUAUGAAAAGCAUUUUAUUUAGUUUGUGAAAUUGAAGCACUGUAUAAUAAAAGAAAAGGACAGGACAGUAAUUGUGUUUAGUCUCAUGUAAGUGAUUGUUUUUAUUAGCUGUGUAAUACAAAGUAUUGCCUUAUUGGUGAUUUUUAAACAUGAUGGAGAACCGUCGUUAAAUAUAUUGGUACAUGUUGUUAGUUAGACCAUGGAUGAAAAGGACUCAAAAUCAACGAUGGAAAUACUGUGUUAUUGCCAUGUGUUUUAUGUUUUUGUUGUAUUGAAAAUGACUGUACUUUUUUCUUUUUUUAAGCGAUUAUUAUUUUCUGAAAUAUGAAGACUUGUCUUUGAGUGUAGAGGCUAUGUUGUGGGACACAGAUUAUUUUGUGUCCAACAGAGUCCAGGUAAAGGUUUGUGUUCCUCAUGUGCAAACCUCAGUUCAAACCAUAUGUCAUGUUCAUUUUGGAUCACUGUGGACAUUUCCUGGGUCAGCCUGCUGUUGUGUUAUGUCUGUUGUGCUGUUGCUGAGUCCUUGCCAGGGGAAUUGUGGGUGUAUCUGUGGUGCAGUCUGGGUAUUUGAGUUUCUGUGCCCUUUGCUCUUCGUGUCUUGCAGUGCUUUUUAAAUGGGUUUGUUCUUGAAGUCUCAACGUCAGUGCUUCUGGCUUUAUUUUGUGUCUUGUUGAAGACCAGGGAAUAUACACUGAAUGGUCUUUAUUCUCAUCCC